AUGAUGGUUGUAGAUUUGUUUACUUCUGGUCCUACCACAACUGCUAUUUCUCAAAUCAUAGAUACCAUUGGUGAGUUUCUGUGUUAUGCUAGUGAUGUGCUUGUGAAUAAGGAUAGUUUCAAGGAACUUGGUGCUUAUUUGGAAAGAAUCAUGCCGGUUUUGAAAGAAUUGAGGAAAGAAAAAGUGAGUGAUUCUGAGGCGUUUAACCGUGCUAUUGAUGUUAUGAGUCGCGAAACGAAGGAUGCGAAGUUGCUUGCUCUAGAAUGUGGCAAGAAGAGCAAGUUUUAUCUGUUGAUGAAUUGCAGGUCCAUUGUAAAGCAGUUAGAGAAUCACACAAAGGAGAUAAGCAAGGCGCUCGGUCUUCUUCCUUUAGCUGCAUCUGGUCUUUCGGCUGGAAUAUUGAAAGAAAUUGAAAAAAUUUGUGAUAAUAUGGAGAGAGCUGGGUUUAAGGCUGCGGUAGCGGAAGAAGAGAUUUUAGAGAAAAUUGACUCGGGGAUUAGGGAAAACAAUGUCGAUCGUUCUUAUGCAAAUAAUUUAAUAACUCUCAUUGCUGAGGCUGUUGGAAUUACAAAUGAGAGGUCGACAAUGAAGGUUGAACUUGAAGAGUUUAAGAAAGAAGUCGAAAAUGCCCGUGUUGAUAAGAAGAAGGCCGAAGCUAUGCAAAUGGAUCAGAUCAUUGCUUUAUUGGAAAGAGCUGAUGCAGCCUCAUCACCGUGCGAAAGGAAACUGAAAUACUUUGCGAAACGCCAAUCUUUAGGAACUCGGAUCUUAGAGCCUUUACAGUCAUUUUACUGUCCUAUCACACACGAUGUUAUGAUGGAACCUGUUGAAACUUCAUCUGAUCAAACAUUUGAGAGAAGUGCAAUAGAAAAAUGGUUCGAAGAAGGAAACAAGUUGUGUCCUUUGACAUUGAUUCCUUUAGAUACAUCGGUUUUGAGACCUAACAAAACUUUGAAACAAUCCAUAGAAGAAUGGAAAGAUAGAAAUACAAUGAUUACAAUUGCUACUUUGAAAGAAAAAAUACACCAGUUUGGAGAUGAUGAUGAAGUGAUGGAAUGUCUAAAAACUGUUCAAGAUUUGUGUGAGCAGAGAGAGCAACACAGGGAGUGGUUGAUGCUUGAAGACUACAUACUAGUUCUUAUCCAAAUUCUCGGUUCGAAAAACCGCGAUAUAAGGAAUCGUGCUCUUGUCAUCCUUUGCAUUCUAGCAAAUGAUAAUGACGAAGCUAAGGAAAGAAUAGUAACGGUUGAUGACGCAGUUGAAUCGAUUGUCCAUUCUCUUGGACGACGUCCAGAAGAAAGGAAGUUAGCAGUAGCAUUACUGCUUAAAUUAUCCAGAAAUGACAUGGUGCGGGAACACAUUGGAAAAGUUCAAGGUUGCAUACUGCUAUUGGUGACUAUGUCUAACGGAGAUGAUGAUCAAGCUGCUAGAGAUGCAACUGAGCUGUUGUAUAAUCUUUCAUACUCUGAUCAGAAUAUUAUACUGAUGGCAAAGGCAAAUUAUUUCACCCAUUUACUCCAGCGUCUCUCCACAGGGCCAGAUGACGUAAAGAUGAUUAUGGCCAAAACUUUAGCAGAAAUGGAGUUAACUGACCAUAAUAAAGAGUCUUUAUUUGAUGGUGGUGUAUUGGCUCCUCUUCUUCACCUGUUCUUACAUCACGAUCUUCAGAUGAAAACCGUGGCUACUAAAGCUCUUAGGAAUCUAUCAAGUUUAAAGAGAAAUGGACUAGAAAUGAUUCGACAAGGUGCCGCUCGACCGUUGCUUGACCUCCUUUUCCAUCAUAGCAUACAGACAUCAAGUUUAUGGGAAGAUGUAGCAGGCAUAAUCAUGCAACUUGCUGCCUCAGCUACCUCUCAAGAUGCCCAAACACUAGUUUUAUUACUAGAUUCUGAUGAUGAUGUUUUUAACCUUUUUCCUUUAGUCAAUGUGACACAACCUGGUGUGCAACAAAACAUUAUUCUGACCUUUUAUGUCUUGUGUCAGUCACCUUCAUCUUCAUAUAUCAAGACCAAGCUAAAUCAGUGCUCAGCUAUACCAGAAUUGGUUAAACUGUGUGAGAAUGAGAAUACAGACCUAAGAGCAAGUGCUGUAAAAUUGUUUUCAUGCUUGGUAGAGAGCUGUGAUGAAGCCAUCAUACUAGAGAAUGUUGAUAAAAAGUGCAUCAAUACUUUACUUCAGAUCCUAGAAUCUCCAUCUGAUAAAGAGGAAAUACUUUCUGCCAUGGGAAUAAUAUGCCAUCUGCCAGAAAUUGAUCAAAUAACUCAAUGGAUUCUGGAUGCUGGUCUACUUCCAAUCAUUUAUAAGUAUGUCCAAGACGGUAGAGACCGUGAUCUUCAAAGGAGUAACUUAGUAGAGGAAGCUAUUGGUGCCUUACAUCGGUUUACAGUUCCAACUAACUUGGAGUGGCAAAAGAUUGCAGCUGAAACGGGUAUUAUAACUGUUUUAGUGCAGUUGCUUGUAAGUGGAACAACCUUGACAAAACAACGUGCGGCACUGUGUCUCGCUGAAUUUUCUAAAAGUACAGCUAGGCUCAGCACACCCAUUCUGAACCGAAAAGGACUACUAUGUUGCUUCUCAGCUCCAAAUGAAAUUGGCUGCAGAGUUCACGGAGGAAUAUGCACUGUCAAGUCAUCAUUUUGUCUGUUGGCAGCUGAAGCAAUUGGACCACUCACAAGGAAUCUCGGAGAAUCUGAUUAUGGAGUUUGCGGGGCUUCUUUGGAUGCUUUAUUAACAUUAAUUGAAGAUGAAAAACUAGAGAGUGGUAGUAAAGUGCUUGCUAACGCAAAUGCAAUACCCUUGAUAAUAAAAUUUCUCAGUUCUUCCUCUGCUGAGCUGCAAGAAAAGUCUCUAAAUGUUUUGGAAAGGAUUUUUCGGCUAGUAGAGUUCAAACAGUUGUAUGGAAGUUCAGCUCAAAUGCCUCUAGUUGACUUAACACAGAGGAGUAAUGGUAGAGUUAGAUCCUUGUCAGCUAGAGUAUUGGCACAUUUGAAUGUUCUUCAUGAUCAAUCUUCAUACUUCUGA